UGGAUAUUAGUGGUGAUGGGAGAAGAGGGCGGGGCGGCGAGAGAGGUGGUAAUAAAGGCGUGGAAGGCCUUAAUAACGAGUGAGGAGCCAUUAUACCGAGGUCUGAGGCCAAACAACUCCCACACUUGUUUGUUUUGGUUUGACAAUUCGCCCGCGCAAACUGGGAAUAAAUUCAAUUUUGCCAUCUAAAUCUGUAUGUAUUGGAAAUUCCUGGUAAUAAUUAAGUGGCCAGCGUGUGAGCAUUUAUUCACACCAGGUUACAAACACACUCGUCUUGAUUUAUUGUAGAAAUCAAGUUUCUUCCAGGAGUCGUGUGCAGAAGGAACAUGUAAAUCCUGAAGGACAAGAAAUACGAUAUCUUCACUGGUGGCGUGUCCCAACUUGGGCAUGCCAAGAUGCCGCGCAAUAGACAGUCUUCUUUGGGGUUCACCCUGUCUCCAACUAAGCGGCAUAGUGUUCUAUCCACCCACCACCCUGACACUGUCCGUUCCAGGAGGGAUUCUGUUCAUGAUGUCUCCAUGACAUCUGAUCAAGUUUUUCUUGAAGUACCAGAAAACAAUGAUGAGCGGGAGAAAAAAGAACGGCAGUUAAAUCGUCUGCAGCAGCAGUUACAGGCGAGGCAGUUUUCAUCCCCCAGCAUAGUGCAGUCAGAUAAACGCAAGUCCCUCAGUGCUGUUGCUGGACUCACUAACCAGCAACUCACAGAGCAUUAUGCAAAAUGCAUUCAGCUCUCAGCUGAAAAUAAAAUCAGCGUAAAAAAUGCAUUUAAUUUGCAGCUCAUUGACUAUAUGUCUGAAAUGCUUCGAAGAAAAGAUUCUGAUAUGAACAACUUUCAGGUUGCUAGCUGUACCUUAGAUGCAAGCACAAAGAUUUAUGCUUAUCGUGUCGACAGCGUUCACACAGACACUCUGAAAAUGGCAGGUGGCUUAGGGCGCACUCAUGAAAAAGAAAAAAGUGGAGAUAAUGAUGUCCAUAUAGAGGAAGGAGUUGAAGGGGAAAAAAAGAAACGGAAGGUUAAAAAAAAAGCUGUUGUGGAAACAAACUUGAAGAAUAUCAACGUUGCCAAAUUUGACCUAGAAUACGAUGUGGAUCCUUUAUUUAAGAAGACAUCGUCACAGUUUGAUGAGGGCCGUUCUGGUAGUGGACAGUUUCUCAAUUCUCUUCAGCUACAGGAUGAUUCUUGUUUCUUGAUGCUAGAUUCUGAGACAGUUCUGAUGGAUAUGUUGGGAGAGAAAAUAUCUGCAAAGAUAGAAAAGAUAUGCAUACCAGCACCAGGAGAUUUGAAUCAGAAGUUGAUUUGUCCAACAUUUGCAUCAUUUGAGUUUACAACUUGGAAGUUAGGGGAUGACGAUUCCUUCUGUGAGUCAACGAAAAUGAUGCAUGACAAAGAUGAUACAUUAAGAAGUGACAAACACCGAUUUGAUGUUAAUGCUGUACCAGUUGAUGAUUUUGAUGCAGAUGAUUAUUAUGGUACAGAUCACAUAGGAGAUGAGGAUGAAUGCCCUGUGGAUGGUACUGUGGUCACCAUUGGACAUGAGGGAUGCCAGAGGGCUCCCCCACCACUCAUGGAAGCUGUGCAUCUUAAGGACCAUCUGGCACAGAACCCUUCAGAGUACUCCUACUUUGACAGCCACCUGUUGUCUGCCUGGGCUGGGCCGGGACAUUGGAGAAUGCGACCAUUAUCUAAAGCAAUGAAAUCCAUCAGCAGUAACAAAACAGAUGAUGGUAAAAAGAAGAAAAGGGAAUUUAUCAGUCUGAUAUAUGAAGAAGAGGAUCCAGAGAUAGAGAAGUUAUUCGCAGUGACCCGGAAAGCAACCAAACUAACAAAUUUAACUUUAAGACAGUGGAACAAAGAAAAAACCACUUUACCCAUUGACCUCCACUAUGAAUCAAGAAAUUUUACCAAGUUGUUUGGGCGUCCAGCAAUUGUGAUACAACGGCAGAAAAAGGCAGCUGCCGUGGAUGAUAGCAUUAAUGAAUAUGAUUAUGAUAAUCAGAACGACAGAGAUAAUUACUGUGCUGAGGUGGAUGAUGGAGGAAGUGCUUACGAAGAUAACUCUGUACGGGGCUAUGAUAUGACUGAAAUAUUCAGUCAGACUGUAGUAGGCUCACAACCGCUCAAUGGAGAGGACCCGGAAAAUAAAGCUUCAGACUUCUUGGAAAACUUAGUAGCUGCUCCUAAUAAGGUGGCAAAAAUUAGUAUUAAUUAUGCUCGGACUGCAAAGAAAAUUGACAUGAAAAAGCUGAAGUCAACAAUGUGGUCUUUGCUUGCUGUUUCAAGUAAUAACAAAGAAAAUGAGCAACUGUUAGAGAACCACAGUGAUAACCUGCCAGCUUGUCAGGUCAAAAUGGACAUCAAUGAAAGAAUAGAAUUCUCAAGUUUGUACAAGAAGUUAGCCCCAAAAUUAUCUUCAAAGAUGCAAGAGAACCUCUCAGUACCACUGGCCUUCAUUGCACUUCUUCACCUUGCUAAUGAACACAGUUUGAAGAUUUGUAAUAGAGAAGACAUGUUAGACUUCAUCAUCAUGCAAGGAUAAUAAUCAGGCUUUAUUGUUUAUAAUUGAUGUCAUUGGUAACUAAUAAUGCAUCGUACGCACCACUUGUACCUGAUAAUUCUAGGCAGUCUAAGGUGUAACCCUUAAAUCUAAGUGUUUUAUAUAUGAAAGAAAAUAGAAGUUUUGUGCAGAAUGCUUUAAAGCUAAUGUAUCUGAAAAGUUCUUAUCCUCAUCCUUUGUAUAACUUUCUGCCUAUAGCUGUUUUCAACAACAAAAUUAAAUUUUAGUUGUUCACUUCAUUAUCUUCGUUUAAACAAAAUUGUAUAUAUAUAUAUAUAUAUAUAUAUAUACUUUUAUAAAUGUAUUUUUCUUUUACUCUAGGCUGCUGUUUGAGGAAUUUACAAAAUACAUAUUUGAAUUAUAUUUAAAUAUGCUUUGUGAAAAUGAAUAAUAUUUUAUUUAUCAUAAAGCCAAGACUAAGGUGGUAUAUUGCUCACCAAAAAGAAAAAAAAAUUGGUGUGAUUGUUACCUAUUCUCUGAUUUCAUUCACAUUACAGACUACUCUCCAUUUUCACAACCCCCUCCAUUUUUUAGCCUAGCAUUUUAUUUCUUCUACAUGAAAUGAAAAAAAUGUAAUCACUGUAGUUGGAAAUAAAACACUUGUGAAUAUUUAUGAGCACAUAAUAAGAGGAAAUGGUAAUUUUUAGUGUGUAAAGAGACCUGAGAGUGCAACAAGUGUUUUCCAGCAGUUGUGAUUACUUUUUAAGACUUCUGUUACACUUGUACAUUAUGCUUAAUUCUUUAAUUGUCAUGAGAGAGGGAGGGAUCAGAGUCAUUUUUCCAGUGAUAUUAUUUUGUAAUAGAAAUCGAUCUGUUAAUUAAUGCCUCUUGUUUUUAAACAUACCAUAUAUCAACUAAAAAUGUAUGCAAAUUUAUAAUGAAUUUAUAUAAAAAAUGAAGUACACUGACAUCACUGCAAAUGACCCUCUAAAGCUCAACAUCUCUAUCUGUUCUUCAGAGUGCAUUUUUUUUUUUUUAAUUUCUGCAUCCAAAAUUCAUGUUACCUCGUUUGCACUCCAACAGCAAGUUCUAUACCAACAACUACACUUUCUGACUAGUUCCAGUCUAAUA